UCAUUUUUAUAACAAAAAAAAAUAAAAAUAAAAACGAUCGAAAAAAAAGCAACAUUUCAAAUCAGUAGCUGAAAAAUGGCGGAUCGAAGCUUUUCGAUAGAAGAAGGAUCGGAAAGUCCACUUGUUCGUUUAUGCUUGGAAGCCGCCACACAAAGCGGAGCCGCCGUGGAAACAUGGCGGAGACAGCGCCGGACUCUCGAACGGUUGCCGUCUCAUCUCGCUGGAGCUUUACUUCACCGGCUUCUCAAACGCCGCCUUGUAUAUCCAUCUCUUCUCGAAGUGUUCAAAUAUAGUGUGGAGAAGGUGGAUCUGAGAGGCGAGAGCUGUGUUGAUGCAGAAUGGAUGGCGUAUCUCGGUGCUUUUCAUUACUUGUACUCUUUGAACAUUUCUGAUUGUCAUAAAAUCAACAGUUCUGCACUUUGGUCUCUCUCGGGUAUGAAUUGCUUAAAAGAGCUGGACCUUUCUAGAUGCUCUAAAGUUAAUGAUGUUGGUAUCAGGCAUUUACUGUCUAUUCAAACCAUCGAAAAGCUAUUCAUAUCAGAAACAAGUGUCACCACGAAUGGUGUUAUGCUUCUCUCUUCACUUACAAGAUUAUCUAAGUUGGAUUUGGGAGGUUUGUUUAUUAGUGACAUGGCCCUUACAUCUCUUCAGGUCUUGACACAUUUACAUCACCUUGAUCUAUGGGGUAAUGACAUAACCAACAAAGGCGCUUGUAUUCUUGUGAAUUUCCCAAAUCUAGCUUUUCUAAACCUGGCUUGGACCAAAGUCACAGUGUUGCCAACCAUCAGCUCCAUUAAAUGCCUGAACAUGAGCAAUUGCACUAUACAAUCUGUAUUAAAUGGAGAAGGCAAUAAGGCUCGGUUAGAAAAGUUUAUUGUUGCUGGAGCUUUGUUCAAAGAUAUUGCCAACACCUUUUCAUACUUUGAUUCCAGCUUCCUAUCUUACGUAGACUUAUCAAACUCCUCUCUUCGUGAUCUAUCCUUUUUGCCGUGCAUGCAUGUCCUAGAAUAUUUGGAUGUCAGUUUUAACUUGAUUGGAGAUGACUCAGCUCAAUUUAUAGCGUCUGUAGGAGCGAACUUGAAAACUUUGAAUCUAAGCAAUACGAGAGUUAGCUCAGCUGGAGUUGCAAUCUUUACAGGCCAUGUUCCAAAACUAGAAACCAUAUCAUUGGAUUCUACAAGAAUUGAUGAUCUUGCUAUCACAUACAUUGGCAUGAUACCUUCAUUGAAAGUUGUCAACAUGAAGGGCACUAAUGUUAGAGGUCUGAUCCAACAAACUGGUGGAGAUGCAGAAUGUGUUCUUUCUUUGGCAGCGUUUGAAAAUCUCAAACAGUUAGAAAAAUUAGAUCUGGAAGAGACCCCUCUUAGGGAUGAAGGAAUCAGUCCCGUAUCAAAUUUUAAACAACUUACACAUCUUUCACUUAGAAGCAGUUUCCUAACAGACUCCUCACUACAUCACUUGUCAUCAAUUCCCAACUUGAUCACUCUCAGUAUGCGAGAUGCUGUUCUAACCAAUGCAGCAAUUGAUUCUUUCAAUCCUUCACCAUCACUACAAGUGCUUGACUUGACUGGGUGUUGGCUACUGACCAAAGAUGCCCUUUUGUCAUUUAUUCAGUGCCAUCCAGAGAUUGUAGUAAAGCAUGAACUUGUAAGCACUUUUCUAUCAGACAGUGAGGGCACCAAAUAUACUUCUCCGUCUCGAACAAGUAUGAGGCGUCUAGAGCAGAGAAGAUUUUCGUCAUCUCCACUCAAACCUGAGAUGUCUACCAUCAUAGACCAGAGGUUGAAAUAUAGCAGAGCUGAACUACUAUCCCUGCAGUUUGCAUCUACAUCGGUUGUUCCUCCCAGUCAUCCAGAGAUCUCACCGAAGUAGAUACAUGGCUGAUAAAUUGAUUAUGUAGAUGCUCUAUGCUUGUUGUUUCUGCGUUGAUCAGUCAUUUUCCGUAGUUAUUUGAUUUCCAAAUUGUUGUACUCGGAUUUUCGUCUCAAAGAAACCGUAACUGCUACAAAAAUGGACUUGGUAAAAAUAGAUUCGAUAUUAUAUUUUUGACAAACAGUUCUUCUCGAACCAUUUACAACCCAUGUAAAAAAGUAGAUAUUCUGAGGAUCUUACUACCCAUGGGGAACUUUGAAUGAGAAAGCUUCUUUCUGAACAA